AUUCCACCCCCCCCUUCUGCCUCUCCCUCUGUCCGUCUCCCCUGCUCUCUCUCCCCCAACGAUUUCACACCACCGAGCAUGCCGCGUGUAUAGCUCCCACUCGCUGGCUAAAGAAACACUUCAGUUCUGAGCCGUGCAGAUUUUUAUACAAAAAAACACACCAGCAUUGGCUAGAAGGAGGCUGCAGUCUGCCAAACGCACGUUGCAGAGAGGCAGUGUUAAAAAGGAAGAUCAGCCAGAGUCCAGCAGCUCUCGUGCACACAAGACUCAAGGAUCAGCACCAUGAAGACCAGACUAGGCUGCCUCUCACACAAGUCUGACUCCUACAGCGACUUCUCUGAGUUCCUUCCUCCUGCCCACGAAACCACGGCCAGGUGUCUGAAGCUGUCUACAGACGAGGUUGUUCGAUGGUCCGAGUCCUUUGAACAUCUUCUCUCUAACAAAUAUGGUCUGGCCGCUUUCCGGACGUUUCUCAAGUCGGAGUUCAGUGACGAGAAUAUCGAGUUUUGGAUGGCCUGCGAAGAGUACAAAAAGGUCAAGAGCUCGACCAAACUCGUGUCGAGAGCAAACAAGAUCUUCAAGGAGUUCAUUGAUAUCCAGGCACCACGAGAGGUAAACAUUGACUACCGCACCAGAGAAAAGACAAAGCAAAGCCUGGAAGAUCCGUCCCCAACCAGCCUCAAUGAAGUCCAAGCUAAAGUCUACAGCCUCAUGGAGAAAGACUCCUACCCACGAUUUCUCAGGUCCAAGAUGUACCAGGAUAUGGUAAAGAGGGCGCACGCGCAGAGCCAGCGAAGGUCUGUUUGACGAAAUGUGAGACAGACCACAGAGGACUGAAAACUGGACCUACACUGUAAAUGAUUAAUUUACCCUUUCAUCUCUGAAUACUGUGAACCUGCAAGGAUGGAGCGACGUUGCUUGACUGUUUUCUUUGUUUACACCAGCUCCAUGCAUGCGACCCCCUGCAGUAAAGACGUGUCUGAGUGGACUGUACUGUAAGGUACAGAGAAGGAGAUUUGAUGAGAAUAAGCUAACUGUUUUAGGUCCAAUGUAGUGCUGGGUGAUUUGUUAUUAAAAACUGUCAAAAUGAAAAUUUCCACUUCAAAAAUAGAGCAAGAAGAGAUGACAUUUGGCAACGUAGCUGAAGUCUUCAAGGUUUCCUUAAAGCUCCUGUUGGGCGCUUUUGGCUAGUUCUUAAUAAGUGAUGUCUUAUAAAGAACAAAAAAAGCAGACAAGACUUAAAGGAAGAAUGUGCAACAUUUUGAUCCAGUAGAUGUCGCCCUUGAGCACCAGCAUUAAACUAAAACAAAGCGUUAUUUGGCGACACCUCCGCUAUUCUGAAGCCUCCGCUCUCAUCCAGCGGCGCAGCUCCAAUCCCUCUCUUAACUCUAGUUAUGAAUUUGAACGCAUCAUAAUUAAGCUCCAUUAAGCCCAAGCGGCGGACAAAAUUGUCCUUUGCUCGAGCUGGGUUGCCUGUGUUGUGUUAGCAGGCUAAUGUUAGCACACUUUGGUUAACUCAUAGCUUCAUAUUGCACAUAAAUUGACACUGAAUACACUGUGCUCUAAAGACACUUACGUGACCUCCAAAUAAGCAGUGAUUAUGUUCUUCUUCUUUUCUCUAGUCCUUGACUAAAACAGCUUUAUAUGAUGUAAACACAGCUCCAAACAACAAUACUUGCAGGACUCGAGCUUCUCACUCAGUGUAGACAGUCAUGACUUAGAGAUAUUUACAUACAAUAUACUUGAGUUCUGCUGUAUUUAUGUGUAAAAUGUUCCACAUUCUUCCUUUAUGCUCAGGUUUGCUUGGUAACGUUAGCGUUAACUCUUUAUAAUAAAGGUGUCUGAUUUAUUGAGGUUCCACACAUUCACUGCUUGUAGAAAACUGUGAUUUCAAGAACCGAGUGGACAUCAUUCCAUCUCCUGAAAUAAAUAUUUUAAAAUAUAUCAGGGUUUUUUUUUUUAUUGCCCAGCACUACCUUUGCUCCUCUUGGAUUCUUUGUGAACUAGACACUGUCGAAUGCAGGUGAAUAGACCUUUUGUGGUAGUUUGUGUGUUUACAACGAACAAUUAAAGUGAGUGACCACUUAAUAUCUGAAACUGUGCCAAACUAUAUUGCACUUGAUAUAGCUACAUAAUCCUGUGUGUCGUACAUUCUUAGCAGGUAUUCUAUGUGAUAAUAAAUGUGGAGUAUAUUUAAAGGGGUUACGUUGAUUUGCUUUCAGGUCACUCAGUUCAGGAAGUGGAAAUUUGCUACCAUUCCUGUUUAGCUUCUUGUGAAUGGUGUAUGGAGAACAACCCAUUGGAGCAAACAUUGACGGCAGGGAAACCGUUACUUCUAAUCGUUUGUAUCUUUUCUAUAAAGGUUUGAUUUGAAACACAUCCCUUGAGAUACUUCCUUGAACCAAAGAAGCAUCAAAUAAUUGGAUUCUUUGAACUAAAAAUAAAUAAUGAAUUUGGAAAAGUUUGGCAGGGGCGCUUUUAGUCUAGCGAUUAGUGCACAUGCCCCAUGUAUGGAGGCAAAGACCUCCAAGCGGGGGGACCAGGUUUGAUUUCCAGCCUGUGGCUCCUUUUCUGCAUGUCGUUCCCAUUCUCUCUCUCUCUCUACCCACCGUCCUAUCUCUACAAUAAAUGCAUAAAAAGCUCCAAAAUAAACCUUAAAAAGUUUGACAAAAUGACACCAUGACUGAAUUGGAAAGCAAGAUAAUUCGGAAAAAUAUUCAGCGGCUUGCAUAACUAAUGUGCUAAAAAUAACUUCAGCGAUGCUUCAUUAACCUGGAUAUUCCGAAUGGCUCUCCUAACCCCGGUGCUAAGUGAACUGAAAGCUACAGCCAGACCCCUCACAUAACAAUCUGUCCUGGAUUGAAAAUUAUGUUGUGCAAAUUAUUCUAUAUUUUCAGCAUGACGCAAUACUCUGAAUAACUUUUUAGAUAUUCUUUGAUUUGUAUGCUAUGUUGUGAAAAUGACUGCAAAAAAGAAAACCCUAAAUGCAGAAAAAGUCAAUAACAUGACUAAUGUGUUUGCUCCCUCAGCAUUUGCACUCCCUUUUUGAAUAUCUGAGCGAAAAGACAUCCCGAGUAUUUCAGGUGGGAUGAAUAUUUUCCUUAUUGCAUGAGUACUGUAACAGGCCAUUCUGUUGACCAUACAACUAAUGGCUGGAAAAAAACAUAUCUGCCCCCCCCUGAUAUAUUUAAUGUAACUGUGAUCCAGAUUAAUGUAACCCCCACCCCCCCUUAUAUUUUGGAAUUAAAAAGGAAUCUGCAUCCAU